UUAUUUUUAUUGAAUCAAGGAAGCUGCAACCAAGGUUUAGAAUUUGCAGAAAUAUGCUUAUGCAAGGUAAAUAAAAAAUUUUAGCAAACAAAAUAAUAUUUUAAAAAUGUCGGACGUACCACCGCCUUACGGCGCCACAGAUGAAAAGACAGGCUACCCACCUCAACAAGGUGGUCAAUAUCCACCAGCACAAGGUGGCCAAUACCCCCCACCUCAAGGUGGCCAGUAUCCCCCACCUCAAGGUGGCCAGUAUCCCCCACCUCAAGGUGGUCAAUAUCCACCACAACAAGGUUACGGCCAAGCUCAGCAAACAACUAUCAUAACAACACAACCAACAGUGAUUGCUGGUGGUGUCCUGAGGUUUUCAGAAUUCCCAAUGCAGAUUACAUGUCCUCAUUGUCAAGCCCAAGUUGUAACAACUUGUAAUUAUGUUGAUGGUACUGCUGUAUGGGUUAUUGCAUUGCUGAUUUGUUUGUUUGGGGGCUGGGUGGGCUGCUGCCUAAUUCCAUUUUGUAUAAAUGGUCUUAAAGAUGUAAAUCAUAUUUGCCCAAACUGCACUCGAAUGGUUGGAUGUUACAGACGAAUGUAACCGCUAUUGAAAUUAUUUUUUUGCGUCAGUUGAACUGAUACAGUAUAUAAAUUUGCAAUCAUAUAUCAUUUCCCGGGGUAAUAUUUAUAUUUAAUUUUUCUAAUAAGCAAAAUAUUGCACGAUAACAAUUGUAUAAUAUUAUGUUGUUAUAAUGUUUUGAACUAAACUCUGCAACAAUUGGGAUUAUUUAGCUCGUUACAUAAAGAAAUACAAAAAAAUUGUGAUUCUUGUUGAUGUCGGCGUUAUUUAAAGUUUUUCUGUGUAGUACCAUUUACCAAUGUAAUUAUAUUUUCUUACUCUGUUGUGUUAUAUUUUUCUUUACUAUAUAGUAUCUUUUGGGAAUCACAAAUUUAUUCUAGGCAAGUAUAAUCACAACUAUAUCUGUGUUAAUUUUAAUUCUAUAAAAGAGGUUGUGGCUGGUUACAACGUUUUUUUAUCAGUUGCGCGUCAAACCUCCUGUUCUUUUGUACAGACCAUAUGCAAGUAACAAGUCCUUUGCUAUUUAAACAUGAUUUAUCUUUUUUUACGUGAGAUGCAUACAUUAUACUACUCCCCUUACUUAAUCUUACCCAAUGUAAGCCUGGCGAUAGUAUUUUUUGCCUUUUGUAUAUUUCAAAAGUUCUGUGUACGUGCACAAAUUAUGUCUGUUACUAUUUUUUGGACAUUUGUUCUGUUUUUAUCGUUAUAUUAUUACCAGAUUUA